GAGGCACCGCGGGCGGGAUACUGGGAGCACUGGGAGCUAACUGGGAGUCACUGGGAGCCACUGUGAGUGACUGGGACACAACUGGGAGCACUGGGAGCUAACUGGGAGUCACUGGGAGGCGCUGGGAGUGACUGGGACACAACUGGGAGUUACUGGGAGCACUGGGAAGGGCUGGGACUGGCACUUGGAGCUAACUGGGAGUCCCUGGGACACACUGGGAGUUACUGGGAGCACUGGGAGCUGUGCCUGGAGCUAACUGGGAGUCACUGGGAGCCACUACCAACCAUGAAGCUCCCUCCGAGCUGCCGCCUGCUCCUGCUGCCGCUGGCCGCGGCUCUGACCCUGCUGGCCCUGCACGCCCGGCGCUCGCCGCACCCUCCCGGCAUCACGGUCCCGCCCAGCCCCGCUCCGCGCCCCGGCAACGCCACGGAGCCCCCGCGGCCCCCGCGGCACCCGCUGCAGCCGCCGUACCCGUACCCGUACCGCUUCCUGCUGAACCACCCCGACAAGUGCCGGGAGCGGGCGCCGUUCCUGGUGCUGCUGGUGGUGACGGCCCCGGCCGACCUGGCGGCGCGCGACGCCGUGCGCCGCACCUGGGGCGACGAGGGCGCCGUGCCGGGGCUGGCGGUGCUGCGGCUCUUCCUGCUGGGCGUGCACCCCGUCUUCGGCGCCGAGCUGCGGCCCGUGCUGCAGGAGGAGGACGAGCUGCACGGCGACCUGCUGCAGCAGGACUUCCUGGACACCUACAACAACCUGACGCUCAAGACUCUGAUGGGCUUGGAGUGGGUGAGCCGCUUCUGCCCCAACGCCAGCUACGUGAUGAAGGCCGACCACGACGUCUUCCUCAACCUGGAGUACCUGGCGGGCUUGCUGCGGCCGCCCAGGAGCGACUUCCUGACGGGCUACGUGUACCGGCGGACCGGGCCGCUGCGGAACCGCGCCUACAAGUGGUUCGUGCCGCGGGAGGUGUACCCCAACGACACCUACCCGCCCUACUGCGGCGGGCCGGCCUACGUGCUCUCGGGGGACCUGGCGCUGCGCGUCUUCGGCGUGGCGCAGACGCUGCCCGCCAUCAACAUGGAGGACGCCUUCGUGGGCAUCUGCCUGCACGCGCUGGGCGUGCCGGUCACCGAGCCGCCGCCCGGGGCCUUCACCAUGUACCGGCUGGAGUACGACCGCUGCCGCUUCUCGCGGCUGGUCAUGGUGCACCACUACGGGCCCCGGGAGCUGCUCCGGCUGUGGCCGCACUUCCGGAACGCGUCGGUCAAGUGUCCCUAGGGCGGGGGACGCGCUGGGGGCUGACGGUGUGCCGCUGGGCUGGCUGUGGCUGGGAUCCACUGGCUGUGACUGGGAUCCACUGGCUGUGACUGGGAUCCACUGACUGUAACUGGGAUCUAGACUGGGAUCCACUGGCUGUGACUGGGAUCCAGAGUGUAACUGGGAUCCACUGGCUGUGACUGGGAUCCACUGACUGUAACUGGGAUCUAGACUGGGAUCCACUGGCUGUGACUGGGAUCCACUGGCUGUAACUGGGAUCCACUGGCUGUGACUGGGAUCCACUGACUGUAACUGGGAUCCACUGGCUGUGACUGGGAUCCACUGACUGUAACUGGGAUCCAGAGUGUAACUGGGAUCCACUGGCUGUAACCGG